AUGCAAAUGCCGCCGCUGGCCACGAAAGAGGGCGCCGGCGGCGACGGCGUCGACGACCGUGACCCUGAUGGCGCUGGUGGCGCGGAGACACCCGGCAAUGGGCUCGAACCCAUGGACGAGCGCGAGGACGUCGGCAGCGGCAGCACCGUGCCGGACCCUGCUGCCGUCUCUGCGCCGGACAAGGAGGGCAUGGAGGGCGUGGAGGGUCUCGUGCCCGACGUCAGCCAGGCGCUCGGGUCGUUUUUGAUGUAG